UACCUGGUGGUUCUAAUAAUAAUCAUUAUGCUAACGUUUCAUUAUAUUGCCGCCGAUCGUACUGGUGUUCAUGCUUUUGGGCUGGAUGGGGAUAACCCUAAAUUACCCGAAUCAUUAGCGCGAAGUAAACAUAAGAUAGUUUUCGUUGGUCCUCCCGGUUUAGCGAUGCGUUCGUUAGGUGAUAAAAUAUCAUCUACGAUUGCUGCAAAUGUUCCUACGAUGGAUUGGAGUGGUAAUUAUGUCACACUGAUGAACAAGCAAAUUCCUAUCAUAAUCAAAUCUUCUGAGGGUGGAGAAGGAACUCGUCAUCUCGAAGUUCAGGUUUUAGCGGUUCAAUACGGAAAUGCGAUCUCCUUAUUUGGAAGAGAUUGUUCGCAUCCUACGACAGAAAUGGCUCAAUUACAAAUCGCUAUGGGAAUUCCACUUCAUCAAAUUCGUGAUAUUAGAGUUCUUUAUGGGUUGGCCCCAAGUGGAACUUCCGAGAUCGAUUUUGAUUUUUCGGAUCCCGAGUCUCUUCAAACUCAAAGGAGACCUGCACCAAAAGGUCAUGUAAUAACCGUUCGUAUAACAGCGGAAAACCCUGACGCAGGAUUUAAACCAAGUAGUGGUAUGGUGCAUGAACUUAAUUUUCGUAGCAGCACGAAUGUUUGA